CCUGUUCGCCUCACAUAUCCCGACUAUUUUCCCGCCCCGUCGCACCGGUUCUUCGGCGGAAACUCUAAUCGCCGGCCAUUAAAGCCCUGAUUUUCCGUUCAAAAGAUUGGUUCAGCCGCCUCAUUCUCAAAACUUGAAGCUAAAAUCCCAGAUCUCCUUUUCAAUUUGUCCACUUUACGGCCAAAACCGUAUUCUACUGCCUAUAACUCUAUUUCCUCUUCCAUACUGCACAUUUUAGAUCUCCAUUUUCAGCCAAGAAAAAUCUAAAUCUUGAUUUUCCUAUCAAAAUUCCCUCGUUAAGCACCAGUUUCAGUGCAAAAAUCUCAGAUCCGAGCCAGAAACCUCAUUUUAAAGCCAGAGACCCCUUAAUUACUGAUCAAAAGGAGAAAAUGAGAGAGAUCCUUCACAUUCAAGGUGGGCAGUGUGGUAACCAGAUUGGUGCCAAGUUUUGGGAAGUGAUCUGUGAUGAACAUGGCAUUGAUCACACAGGAAACUACAGUGGAGAUUCGGAACUGCAAUUAGAGAGGAUCAAUGUGUAUUACAAUGAGGCCAGUGGUGGUCGCUAUGUUCCCAGAGCAGUGCUCAUGGAUCUGGAACCGGGGACCAUGGAUAGCGUUAGAUCUGGGCCUUUUGGCCAGAUCUUCAGGCCUGAUAACUUCGUUUUUGGGCAAUCAGGGGCUGGAAACAACUGGGCUAAGGGGCACUACACAGAGGGAGCGGAGCUGAUCGACUCAGUGCUCGAUGUGGUCAGGAAGGAGGCUGAGAACUGUGAUUGCCUUCAAGGAUUUCAAGUAUGUCAUUCUUUGGGUGGUGGCACUGGAUCUGGAAUGGGAACUCUCCUCAUCUCAAAAAUCAGGGAGGAAUACCCUGAUCGAAUGAUGCUCACCUUCUCUGUUUUCCCCUCACCAAAGGUCUCAGACACUGUGGUUGAGCCCUAUAAUGCUACCCUAUCGGUCCAUCAGCUUGUUGAGAAUGCAGAUGAGUGCAUGGUCCUUGACAAUGAAGCCCUAUAUGAUAUCUGCUUCCGAACCCUCAAGCUGGCAACUCCUACUUUCGGUGACCUGAACCACCUGAUCUCAGCCACUAUGUCAGGCGUGACCUGCUGCCUUCGUUUCCCGGGGCAGCUCAACUCCGACCUCCGCAAGCUCGCCGUCAACCUGAUCCCCUUCCCCCGCCUCCACUUCUUCAUGGUUGGCUUUGCCCCCCUCACAUCUCGUGGCUCCCAGCAAUACCGUGCCCUGACUGUCCCUGAACUCACCCAACAAAUGUGGGACUCCAAAAACAUGAUGUGCGCUGCCGACCCUCGUCAUGGCCGCUACCUCACUGCCUCGGCUAUGUUUAGAGGCAAGAUGUCCACAAAGGAAGUCGAUGAACAAAUGAUCAAUGUCCAAAACAAGAACUCCUCCUACUUUGUUGAGUGGAUACCCAACAAUGCAAAGUCAAGUGUUUGCGAUAUUCCACCAAAGGGGUUGAAGAUGGCCUCAACUUUUAUUGGGAACUCGACUUCGAUCCAAGAGAUGUUUAGGAGGGUUAGCGAACAAUUUACCGCUAUGUUUAGGAGGAAGGCUUUCUUGCACUGGUACACUGGUGAAGGGAUGGACGAGAUGGAGUUUACCGAGGCGGAGAGUAAUAUGAAUGAUUUGGUUUCGGAGUAUCAGCAAUAUCAAGAUGCUACUGCUGAUGAUGAGGAGGAAUAUGAGGAGGAAGAAGAGGAGGCAGCUUGAUGGGGUAAGUGCGGCUUCUUAGCACUCGCACUCUCUCUAUAAUUCUUGCUAUGUCCCUCUCUCUUUUAUUUUGUUUCGAAUGUGGUGGGUGGCUUUUUUGUAUUGGUGUGGUAUAAGAAUUUGUUGUCUUCUAAUAUGUAGAUUGUGGGAAAGGAAUGUUUAGUAUGUAGUAUGUAAGCCAAAUAUGUGGAAUGAUUCUAUGCGAUUGUGUUACCCUAUAUUUUGGUUUCUAA